AUGUAGAAUAAUUAAAUUUAAGGUUCACCUUCAAUAGAUGAAAAAGCUUUACUUAAAAUGAUUAAUAUGGUUUUAUCUUACCUUUAUUAGUUCUAAAAACAAAAAAAUAAUAAUAUGAAAGUUUUGAUUUUAGUAGGAGUAACUGGCUCAGGGAAAAGUACAAUAUUCAAUCUCCUUGGUGGGGCUAAAUUUAAAUUGAUAUAGAGUGAAGAUGGAGUUGAAGAAUUAGAAUUAGAAGAGAUUUCUACAGAAUUCUCAAUUAUGAAAGGAGGAAUGUAAUCUGUAACUAAAGAACCUAAGUACUAUUUUAACGAAGAAUUUAAUCAUUUGCUAAUUGAUUUUCCAGGAUUUUAAGAUACUAAUGGUGAAUUCGACCAAAUUAUGAUAUAGAUGUUAUUUUAUAAAAUAUCCACUCAAUCAAAAGUUAAAAUAUUGUAUGUAGUAAGACACCCUGAGCUAGAAUUUUAGGAAAGAGGUACAAAUUUACAAGAGUUUAUUAAAACAACUUUUAAAGAGCAAAGCAUUGGAAUUGAAAGCUUAACUUUGCUACUAAAUGCAUUUAAUGAAGAAAAUUAUUCUGACGAAUUAGUUAAAACAUCAGCAACUGAAUAAAUACAGGAGUUGUACCAUCCUAAGAGAGGUUUGAAUAUUAUAGUUCUUAGAAAAAUCAAUUCAGAGAUUGAUAUAGCAAAGUAAUUUUCUGAUGCAAAUAGAAGAAAAAUAUGGGAAGACAUAAUCAAAUCAGAAGAAAUAAAAUUAUAACCAAUUUAAAUUCUUCAUAUAGAAAAGAUUAGUGCUUAUUUAAGCGAAAAAAGUUUCAAAUAUAUAGAAAAAGUUUGGCUAUCAAUUUAAUAAAAAUUAACUCAAAAUUUAUAAAAUUCAUAGUUUUAUAACAUACCAAAAUUAUAGAAUUUAUGCACUAUGUUCAAAGAAUUACCCAAAAUAACAAAAACUAACUAUGCAUAAUCGUAUAGAUAAUUUGUAGUUGCUUCAAGCGUUAUUGCCUAACAAUUAGGUUGUUCCGAAGAAGUAAAAUACAAAAGCGAAGAAUUUUUAAAGAUAUAUUAAUUUUUUUAAUAAUUUUCAGAUUUAAUAAAUGGGUACUCUGAAUGUUAGAAACAUUCUAAGUUUGCUUAAGAUUUAUACAAUGAUAUGAUAAGGAUGAUUGAAAAUAAAAUUGGCUUCCUAAAGGAAAAUCAAAAAGUGUAAAUUACAAUUGCAGAGAAGAAUUAAGAAAUAAAAUUAAAAAAUAAUGCCUUGGCAAAAGCAGAAUGUUAGAGAUUAUAGAAAGAGCAAUACUAAAAAUAAUCAAGAUAAUUAAAUUUAGAAAUUGGGUAGCUAUAAUAAAAGAUAAUUUUGUAAAGGAAUGCAAUAAAAGAGUUAGAAAACUAAACUGAUUAGUUAAGGAACAAAUAUUUUCAACUUUAAAGGCAAAGUGAUGAAACUCAAAGAGAUCUAGAUGAAAAAAUUCAGAACUAAAUUCACAUCAACAAUUAAACAGAGGUGAGCUUGAAAAAAAAAUAAAAACAAUUAAAUGACUUAGAAAGAGAACAGUAAUAAAAACUAAAUGCAAUUAAAAUUGAGAUAGAAGAAUAAGAAAUAAGGAGAAGAGAGAUAUUAAAAUAAAUAGAAGAAGUUGAGAAUUUAAGGGAUCGAUAAAAAGCUAUGUUAUGUUUAAUUCGAGGUUCAAAUAACAAUUUAACAACUCAAGUAGAACAAAGACAAAAUGAAAUAACAUCAUUGAAAGCUGAAAUCUCCAGAACACAAACUUAUGAUAAUGGGUGUCAACUCAUAUGA